UGCAGGUAAUUCAAAUGGCACUCAAGUGGUUCUUGAAUUCUACAUUUACACAUGUCUUGGGUCAUACACAAAAUGUUGGCAUGAUUGAGGGAAGUGGGAUUAAGGAAGGAAAAGAAAGGAAUGUUUCAAUGGUUUCAAUUUGCAAGGAAGAGUACCCAAAUGGAUUCCAAAUGCCUCUUCACUAUCCAAAGUACAACAAGGCAGAUUAUGAGAAAAUGGAAGAAUGUAAGUUGGACUUGCUUCUCAAAGAAUAUGGGUUCAAAGUUAAGGGCUCUCUUGAGGAAAAGAGGCAGUUUGCCGGGGGUGCUUUCUUAUGGCCGGAUCAACUUUGAUUCCCAACUCUUUCUCGCAAAUUUUAUCUUUUAUCCAAUCUAGUAGUUGUAUUUAUUUAUUUUUGUGAAAAGUAAAAGAAAUGUGUCUUUAGGUUUUUUUAAGCAUGGAAAUAUGUACUAGAAAUAUGUGUUUUAGGCGUUUUUAUUUUGAUCGUGAGGGGGGUUUGCUUUCAUCAUUCCCCUUUUUGGUUUUGGGUGUGAAAUUUUGGUUCUGUAUUUGGAGUCCAAAUAGAGUUUUAUCUAACAGGUGAUAUGUAGUAUAGCUUUAAAAUAAAAUAAAAUAAAAAUAAAAAAAAUCUCCAUUUAUGG